AUGAAGACGGACAAAUUGGUGUCUGAAGCAGUUCAGACGUUCCGAGAGGCACAGAACCUACUGCCCACCCUCUAUACCCAUCUCUUCGCACUGGAGAACAUCAUGAAGCAGAAAGCCGCACUGGUCGGAGCUGCGCGUCGGCGUGAGCAGUGCUUUGCGAAGGCUCUGCACGCAUCGCAUUUCCUUUACAUGGAUGCGGACACAGAAGAGCGUACACCUCUGGAGGCUAUAACGGCAAGCCCCAGUUGCGAGCACACCACCUCUCCCGUGAUGACUUCCCCACUGGGGGUCCUGGCGGCGUUUUCGGCUGCCACGGUCCACCACCUUGUUGCUCAGCACCAGCGAGAUGUGGAGGAGCUCCUCGGGGUCGUUUCGCGCAUCACACAGCAGACUUGGUCGCAGAAGGUAGAGCAGCUCCAAUCCAAGAUUGCGCGGCUCGAAAGGGGAGACGAAGUUGACAAGGCACUUAGGCAUCCUCCGUCAACGAGCGGCACUGCAGCCGCUUCGUCAACGCCUGCUUCAUCCUCGUACUUUGCUACCGCUUCAGAGCUCUCCGUCGCGCUCUACGGCUUUGCAGCCUGCCUGCUGAAGAUGGGGAGUGUGUUGCAGGAAACGAUGCUGGCACUCCGCAAGGAUGCUGGGCUGUCUCUCAUGACGCACUCCGCUCCUGGUACAUCCGCUCUGUUGAUGUCCACCACCACCGACAUGGCGAGUCACCUUGCCACCAUUCUGGCUCGCGAAGGCAGGAAGGGUGAAAUUCUGUCAUUGCUACCGAUGGAUCCCUCUCACUGGGAACCCCUGAAGGAGGCCACGUCAACCUCAAGACUCUUCGACCGGGGAAUAGGCGUCGCGGUGGCGCCUCUGCAGCCAGUGCGACUCGAGGAUGCAGUGGGACAGCUCGGGUCCUUCUUGGAGGCACGCUGGAAGAGUUGCUGCGACAGCUACCUUCUUCCCGAAUCGCACCUGUUACUCGCCCUUGUUUAG